AGGUUCCAAAAUUUUGAUAAAGCUGCCCUUCCUCGCUUUUCGUUCCUCUUGAGUAGAUACUGAUCCGCCCACGACUCCUUGGGGUACUUUAUAUACUGCAAACCAUACGGGUACAAGUUCAAGGUCUUCGUCCACGCCCUGUAGCAUAGAUUAGUUUUCUCCUUUUUGGAUUUGUCUGCAUCUAUGGCGAAUUGUCAGGGCUGAACUGCAAAACUGAUGGAGACCCGUUUUCCUCUUGGUUGAUUUCUAGAAGUAAAAACGCAAGGUGGGAGGCUAUUGUUUAAUCAACUACGCUAGUGAUUGAGUGAAACGACAACAAUGGCCAUCUGAUAGUACUUUCGGCUUCCUGGUUGAAGCGGAGCAAAUCCUCUUCGCGCUAGCUCCUUCACGGGAAUAAGGAAGGUACCAAAUAGAUUGUUCUCCAUUCCAGUAGUCUCUCUGACAUGCAGUAGAAAUAGGUCCACCUCAGUCCACUUGAACCCACUGCCGCACUUCCUGUUGAUUACAUUUAGAGAAAACGACCUUGAUUCUCGUCGGUCGUCGUGUUCCUUCUUCAUUUUUGUACUUUACUCAUUCAAGGUAGGUCCUACCGAAAAGAAAGUCUUCUUCUUCUACUAGUUGGCUACUUCGUUUCAUUUCGCCAGCAAUUUCUACUAUAAACUCACAUCUAACAGGUGCCGCGCAGUGCUGGCGUACAAGCCAACGGGGUGGCCGUGUCGAUCCAUUUUGAACUUUAAUGUUCUUUCUUGGCAUUUGAACCGCAAAGUCGCCGCCACGGAGAGACUUCCAUCGCAGGCCGUAAAUCCACGGGUGUGUGCAGUAUAGACUGCACUGCUCUGCUUCAUCAUUUCGCGAAGCUGUGCUCGCAUGCGGGUCUCCACAUACUGCCCAGAACAUGUAGCCGCAAUUUCGGCAAAACUGGUGGGGCUUACGAUCGUGGUUCGUUUCCACUCUUCGCGAAGCUUCUCUAGUAGCUGUUCCGAAGACAGCCACCACUUCUCCUCCUUUAAAUCAAGGGACUCAAGUCGCAUGUGCUUGUUGACGUGGAUUGCUAACAACUUGCGGCGCUUCGUGGUGACGCCAACUAUAACUGCUCCAUGGUAUGCGGAGCGUUUGCGGCACACGAUCAUCUUCACUUGCCUCAGCCAAGGCGCGAGAGCACUCUUUGAGGCCUUUAGUUGCAGCGGAAGAAGCUUGCGGCUUUUGACCGGCACACACUUCGGACAUACCGCAAGAUCUGCAGCGGCCUCGGGAGUAUCUUCGAUAUGA